GAAAUCAAUCUAAUAGCAAUUUUUUUAUGUGAUUAUUCACCGCUACCUGGACGUAGUCCCAAUGCCAACUAUUGGCCUAUCUACCCGACGCUUAAUCAGUAUAUGGCAGCCGUUACAUAUGACACAUCCUUUGGACGGCACAGCGGUGGUGAUAUCAAGGUGCCCAUUCCGUGGUGGGGAUUUCUGGAUAUUGGAGGACAUGUCAUUGAACGAUUCCAGGAUUAUUGGACGAAAGUCGGCUACAACAAUAAUCCAGUGAAUAUGUUGGGAUUGCGUAAGGACCAGGUUGUGAAAAUCAUGUCCGAUCCAUCACUCCACUGGAACAGAAAUGAACAGCCGAAUCUUCCAGUGUCGAUUUUGCCUCGGAAUUAUGCUCAGCUCAGUUGUAAGCCUCCGAUGUGUAAUCCGUAUACGCACUCAUUUGGAUUUGGUAUGGAAGCAAACGUAAAUAUUGAGGAUGGUAUUGAAGGUGAGAUCGACCUGCCAGUACCAGUUGGCAAAAAUAUUGGGAUGCGCUUACCGAUCAGCGGAAACAUCCACCAUGGUAAGUCAGAGCGCUCUUGA